AUGGUUAUGCACCGCUCUAAUCUUGUUCUAUCGGCAUCCUACUCAACACCAGACAGACGACACAGUCAUGCAACAACAGCUGCCUCCAUACAAUCAUACUCUUCGAGCACUCAAAGCAUCCUCAAGCACGCCUAUUCCGAAAAAACCAGAACGAGGAUGUGGGGCAUGGUUGAACAGUUCAACACUUGGGCAUUAGAUGCUGGUCAUAACGAGGACACAUGCAGCCCACCAUCUGAAGAGAUCCUGGUGGAUUAUGUGGCAGAUACUUUGGCAGGGCAUGUAUCAGUCUUGACAGCGAGGACUCAUCUUCAUCUUCUGAAGAUACACUGGGAAUCAAAGGGUUGGAAGUGGCAGGGCACUCAGCAGCUUAUCCUCUGUCUGAAGGCAGUGAAGCGGCUGGUUCCUCCUAGCUCAGUUCGCAAACAUCGUGCUCCUGUUUCUGUGGAGAUGUUGGUCCUGUUAUGCGACAAUCUUGAGCUGGGGACAGAGAACAUUUCGCCAAAAAACCAGCUCCACACCGCAUGCUUUGCAGUGGCUCUCUGUGCGUUAAUGCGACUUAGUUGA